AUGGGUUUCAGGCCGGGACUCCGCUUCAUGAAUGAGAGUUCCUCUGGACAUCACAAUAAUGCCCAAUUGCUGGGCUGCCGGCCAGAAACAGUUGGGGAAAUGGCCAGUAAUUUCAAACUAGGCGCUGAUCCGGCAGUUGCCGCUCCUUCAUCGGGCCUCUGGCCUAGGGAGUUUGUCAUCACGUCUCAGCACCAGGGCUGCCCUGCCUCCCAACGUGCUUGA